CUGGAAAUUCUUUUUCAAUAUCUGAUUGUUGGGUUGGUAGAGGGUUGGCCUAAUGGGUAGGUUUUCCCAGCCUGAUUUCAGUGUAAAUAUUUUUGAAUCAUUGAUUUAUCAUUAGAAAAACAGAAAGUAGCCAUUAGAAAAGCAGGAAGUAGCAAAAUAGUUUUACAUAGGCCUUGAGACCAAAAGAUUGCAGAGACGUCUGAUGAAAGAGGAGUAAAGGAAGGCCGGCUGAAGUUUUGACUUCACAAGUUUUUUAUUGCUUGGUCUUCCUAUUGUUAUUUUUUAUAGAAAUUUCCUACUUCUAAUCUUGCAGUCUGAAGAGAAUAAAAAGAUUUUUUUAGCUAUAUCUACACGAUCAGAACAUAAAGAAGUGUGAAGGACCUUAUCAUCAAGCAUGAGGCUGGGAUUGAGGAGGGAGGUGAAUUAAUGUUUAUCAGAUUUUCAUAAAUCAUGAGGUUGUGGCUGCUGUUUCUGGAUUCAAUUGUGUGAAAGUUUUUUAGCAUCAAUAUUUUGGAUCAAGCUGCAUGAUCCAUCGUAAUCAGAAUGCUAAUAAUGCUAGAGAGUUCAAAGAGGUGAAGUUUAAGGUUGAGUCCCAAAUACUAUUUUCUAGCAUCAGUGUUUUGGAUUGCACUCCAUGAUCCAUCAUCAUCAGAAUGUUAGAGAUCUCAAGGAGAUGGAAUUUAAGAUUGAGUAUCAAUUAGUAUUUUGUAGCAUCAAUAUUUUGGAUCACAGUCCAUGAUCCAUCAUGAAAUGUUAGAAAGUUCAAGGAGGUGAAGUUUAAGAUUGAGUCCCACUUUCUAUUUUUUAACAUCAAUGUUUUAGAUCACACAUCCAUCAUCAUUAGAAUGUUAAAUAGAAAAAGAAGAUAAAAUUUAAGAUUGAGUCAAAACUGCUAUUUUUAAGCUUAUGCUUGAUCCUCCUCCUACUGUGAAUUCUGACCAGAACCUCCCUAUUGUUCCCAAUCUUCUUCUCACUUCAAAGAAAGUAGAGAAUAGAAACUGCUAGUAGACAACCCAAGUCAAAAGCCAGAAUCAGUUUUUUCAAGUCUUGGCUCUUGAAAGAUGGCAAGCAUAGAAACCCUGGUGCAAUUAGCAUGAAUCUGAUCAUAGGGGAUCCAUUCCAUAAUGCAAUGGCAGUCUGUCUAUAUCAGACCAGAGUUGCAAAACAGAUUUGCUCACAGAGUCGGCCUAUAAACAUUUACAGUCACAUUGCAUGAUGCAGUGGUACUCAGUCACCACAAAAUAGAAAUAUUUUAUGUCUGAGCUCUUAUUGCUCUUAUUUUAGGCCUUUCAAUCUGCAAGUUGGAACUAGUGUUGGUGGUGAGCUAGUCCUCAAUGUCAGGCAGCAACAGCCCACUUCACAGUGCCCUUGAAAUCUGGCUGGGAGACAAAGAUGAAGAGAGCAUAGCCCUAGAUUACUUAGCCCCAGGUCCUGGUACCAGUAGUACUACAAACCAAGGAGAAACCAGUUCUAACCAGGCAAUCCAGUCCAUAGAACCAGGGGCUAGCUCCAAUAGUUCUGAACUCCUGCAUUUAUCUCCCCUGUCAACAGCAAGGCCUGGUGAAGGUUCAAAGAAUGUAUGGGGCAAUUUGGAUUCUGUGUGCAGAACCCCACCUUCUCUUACCCAGGGCCUCUCAACAGAAUUGCCCCUGAAUGAGAACGAUUCAGAGGACAUGGUUUUGUAUGGAGUUUUGAAGGAAGCUGCCCACAAAGGGUGGGAACCCCACGAAGAGGAAAAUAAAAUUAGGCCUGAAACUUCAUCAGCAUCAAAUACUUUUGCCGUUCCCAGUGUAGGUGAUGACAAGGAGAAAAGAAAUGCGGAGAGACAUUACAGAGGGGUGAGAAAGCGGCCAUGGGGGAAAUAUGCUGCAGAAAUCAGAGAUUCCAACAGGCAUGGAGUGCGGGUUUGGCUGGGGACAUUUGACACUGCAGAAGAAGCAGCCAUGGCUUAUGACAGAGCAGCCUUCAACAUGAGAGGCCCCCGAGCUCUCCUCAACUUUCCUGUUGAAACCAUGUGGAGGUCCCUUGCUGGGAGUCGAACUGCUAACAUCUCCAAUCUUGAAGCUGCCUGUACUUCUCCUUCCUCGUCUUCUCAUUCUGUCACUUCCACUUCUUCUUCUUCACCUACUUCUACUGGUGAUAAUGUGAGGCUGCCGUUUGAUACAGGAAAAGAUGUUUCUUCAUCACCUGAAUUGGGCACAGUUUCACAGCCAUUGGAGGAAAGCAAGGAGAAUGACAAAUUGGUUGUGGAAGUUGAAGACUUGGGUGAUAAUCUGUUGGAGGAUUUGCUUCUGUCAACCCAGCAGUCCUCUGACAAUCUGGAUAACUUAAAUUAGUAUUCUAUCAAUUUACUAUUUGCCCAUUCUACUGACAGAUAAUGCUGUCAUACUAAUACAUGUGUUGUUUUAAGUCAUGUGGACAGAGCAACCAGAAGGUCAUGAAACCCAGAAUUUGCCAGUUUUAGAAAAAAAUUCAAUGUUUCAUGAGUUAACUUCUCUGACAUUUGUUUUUGGUGAAUUUUUUCAUUUGUCAGAGAUGUAUAUUUAAAGACCUAUUUAAAUGGAUAUUAAUAUUUAUAAGUAUAUUGUUUGGAUUUGAAUAAUUUUCUUAUCGAAUAUGAUGAAUUGGCUUUAAUA